UUGAACAUUACUAUAAGACGCGUGCACGUCGCCGGGAGGAGCGCGUCCCCGCGCGUCCCCGCGGCCGGAGUACCCGGGGUAGGGGGAGGAGGGGAUGCGGCGAGCUGGAGCCGGGCUCCGGUGGCCAUGAAGCGGCAGAACGUGCGGACUCUCUCCCUGAUCCUCUGCAUGCUCACCUACCUGCUGGUCGGCGCCGCCGUCUUCGACGCGCUCGAGUCCGACUCCGAGACCUCCCGCAAACGCCGGCUGAACUCCAAGCGCAUGGAGCUGAAGAGCAAGUACGGCAUGAGCGAGGAAGACUACCGGGAGCUGGAGUGGGUGGUUCUGCAGAGCGAGCCGCACCGAGCCGGACACCAGUGGAAGUUCGCCGGCUCCUUCUACUUCGCAAUCACAGUCAUCACCACCAUAGGCUAUGGUCAUGCUGCCCCAGGUACCAACGCCGGCAAAGCCUUCUGCAUGUUCUACGCGGUGCUCGGGAUUCCACUCACCCUGGUGAUGUUCCAGAGUCUGGGUGAGCGAAUGAACACCUUUGUUCGAUACCUGCUGAAGAGGAUAAAGAGAUGCCUGGGAAUGAAGAACACGGAGGUAUCUAUGGAGAACAUGGUGACUGUGGGCUUCUUCUCAUGCCUGGGCACCCUGUGUAUUGGAGCCGCCGCCUUUGCACACUUUGAGGAUUGGACCUUCUUCCACGCAUAUUAUUACUGCUUCAUUACCCUCACCACCAUCGGCUUUGGGGAUUUUGUGGCCCUGCAGAACAACGAGGCCUUACAGAAGAGGCCUCCCUACGUGGCGUUCAGCUUCAUGUACAUCCUGGUCGGGCUGACGGUGAUCGGAGCCUUCCUCAACCUGGUGGUCCUGAGGUUCCUCACCAUGAACUCGGAGGAUGAGAAGAGGGACGCAGAGGAGCGGGCCGGGAACAAGGACCACCUGGCCAUGUCGGUGGCUGUGGACAGUCCGGGCCGGAACUCCACUCUCCUGUCAGGAGAGGCGGACAGACGCAGGAGCAACUUGGUCCCUCUGGUGAAGGGGGAGGUGGAGAUCAGACGAGAGAGCCCACCGCAGCCCAUCUCGGACGUUGAGUCCCUUUGCUCCUGUAUGUGCUACCGGUCCCAACACCCCGAUAGUCCCACCAGAUCCCACCGUGAUUCCUUCAGGGCCCAUGCCAACCCCAUCUACUUCAACUCCAUUUCCUUCAAGGUGGACGAGAUGUCGCUGAGCACGGGGGAGAGGGUUGUCUUCACCUCCCUGGGCAGCUGCAGCUCCCUGGGGAGUCGGGGCUUUGGCCAGCACCCUCGAACCCGACGGAAGUCAGUGUGA